CUCUGAGAGAACAGAGCUGCAGUUCAGUCAGCAGCAGACUUCGGGUUACACAGGCUCCACUGCGCACCAUGCCUUCUCCAGUCCCUGUCACCCGCCUGUUACCCACAGACCUGUACCCCUCUGUGGACAUCGGGACCUGCAGCAGCCCGCUGACCAAACACUCCCACGGCUCCGCCACCUUACAAGUCCCGGUACAGCGGCUCCACGGCAGAGUCGCCAGUCGGCUCUGGUCCUCUGUGAUCUACUGGAAGGAGCUGCGCUCCAUGCAGCCUGUGGGCUCCGGUGGGUUCGGCUCCGUCUACAAGGCGGAGUACCUCGGGAGCACCAUCGCGCUGAAGAAAGUCAAGAAGUGCACAAAGAACAAGCUGGCGUCCCGGCAGAGCUUCUGGGCCGAGCUGAACGCGGCACACCUGCGCCACGGGAACAUCGUGCGCGUCAUCGCGGCGACCACCUGCGUACCGGCGGGU